CAAUCUAUCUGGCUAGUUUUUCAGAAAGAUAAACAAUGGGGCUUAUCACCAAACUCUUAUUAGUAGCCACAUGCUCCCUAGCUUUCAUUUUAGCAUCUCAUCCUGCCCUAGCUCGUAAGGUAAGCAAGAGGAUCCCCUACGACCCAACUGGUCACCAGGGAUUUGUCGACGAGCACAAUGCUGCUCGAGCUGAAGUCGGUGUUGGUCCGAUCACUUGGAACUACACCCUAGCUGCCUAUGCUCAACGAUACGCCAACACUCGAAUCCACGGCUGCGACAUGGAGCACUCUGAAGGGCCGUUCGGCGAGAACCUGGCCGAGGGCUACGAAGAGAUGACCGGCGCUCAAGCAGUGAAGUUUUGGGUGACUGAGAAGCCAAACUACGACUACACCUCCAACAGGUGCGUUGGAGAUGAAUGUGGGCAUUAUACUCAGGUGGUUUGGCGCAACUCGGUUCAUCUUGGGUGUGCAAGAGCCAAGUGCACCAAUGGGUGGGUGUUUGUGAUCUGCAGCUACGAUCCUCCUGGGAAUUAUGAGGAUGAACGUCCCUACUAGACAGUGAACUAUAAUGAUGGUGUGGAAUAUAAUUCAGUAGCGGUAGAUCGACUAUGGAGGAGUGGGUGUCUGUAGUUGGAUCCAAACAGAUAGGGGUUGGAGAGUUAAAGCUAUGCACUCAAUAAUAAAGGCAGAAUUUCACGUGUUGGUGGGUCUUGUUUUAUAUAUAAAGAUGAUGUAGUGAACUAUUGUUUGUCUAGUCAGUAAGAAUGUAGGGUUAUUAUCGGAUAUGGUCCGUAAGUUUGACAUUUGUGUCUUUCCUACGUUUUAUCCCUCGAAUUAUUUCAUCUAGUAUUUGUGUCCUGUCUUAGAAAGUACACAUAAUUUAAAAGUAGAAAAUGUAAUGUUUGAUUAUGAUAGCUGAAGUUUGCAAACACUUCAAUCUGUUAAUAUGAAGUUGAAUAUGGAAGCGGUCUCCG